CUGAGCCCUAGGAGAUGAAAGGAAGGGAAAGUUUCACAUAGCUGGGCUGCGUGGGAGCUGGGUUUACGGAACUACCUGGCACCUGGCAGGUGCUUUUUUGGAAGCUCAGGGGGGAGACUGAAGACUCAUCCAGCCGUGGAGACGCUCCCACUGCUAUCCUGUUCGUGACUGGAAUAUGUGGCAUCUGACCCCGUUAGAGAGAUUUCUCAUGAUUGGACAUCUUGAUACCGACGGCUCUCCGCCGGACCUUCUCAAUUUCAAAAAGGGAUGGAUGUCCAUAUUGGAUGAGCCAGGAGAGUGGAAGAAGCACUGGUUUGUGCUGACAGACUCAAGCCUGAAAUAUUACAGGGACUCCAACGCCGAGGAGGCAGAUGAUCUGGAUGGAGAAAUUGACCUUCGCUCCUGUACUGAUGUGACGGAAUAUGCAGUGCAACGGAACUAUGGCUUCCAGAUACAUACUAAAGAUGGUGUUUUUACAUUGUCUGCAAUGACGUCAGGGAUCCGACGGAACUGGAUAGAGGCAUUGAGGAAAAGUAUACGUCCUGCCAGUGUUCCAGAUGUCACAAAGCUAUCUGACUGCAAUAAAGAAAACUCAUUCCGCAGCUACGGAUCCCAGAAGAGCUCCUUCAGGUCAGAAGAGCAGCGGUCAGGCACGGGGUCUGAAGUUAUACCCAGGGGUGCCAGCAGGAAAGCAGACGGGCAGCGCCAUACUUUUGACUACGUUGAGCUGUCCCCGUUGCAACAUGGGCCUUUAAAUCAGGGCUCCCCGCAACGGACAAGAGGCAGCACAAGAGCCUCCGAUGCCAAGCGUGAGGAGCUGGAGCGGGACCUGGCCCUUCGUUCGGAGGAAAGGCGGAAGUGGUUUGAGACUCCUACCAGCGGGAUCUUGCAGACGGAUGGCUCAGCAGGGGAUGCCUCUCAUAAGGCAGCCGGCCAGGAGCCUCCAGGUACCCCCCUUUCUGAGGCUCAGAGGAGUCGGCUAAGUGAAGAGAUUGAGAAGAAAUGGCAGGAGCUGGAGCGCCUGCCCUUCAAAGAGUCCAAGCGAGUCCCCCUGAUGGCCCUGCUGAACCAGAGCAAAGGGAGCCACGAAGACGCCAGCGAGGUGCUAGAGAAAGAGGUCCAGGCCCUGAAAUCACAGCUAGAGUCCUUGCAUGCCCAGAGCGAGGCCAAGUCUCACACAGAAGGGCAUAUGCCCCGAGGCUAUAUCUCUCAGGAUGCGUGUGAGCGCAGUUUGGCAGAGAUGGAGGCUUCCCACCGACAGGUCAUGAUGGAACUGCAGCGGCACCACCAGCGGGAGAUGGAGCGGCUUCACCUCGAGAAGGAGCGGCUUUUGGCCGAGGAGGCGGCUGCCACAGCUGCAGCAAUUGAAGCACUGAAGAAGGCACACAGAGAGGAACUGAACAGAGAACUGGGUAGAACACGCAGCUUCCAGAAAGGUGGCUUAGAUUCAGACGCUCUCCGGCGACAACAUGAGUCUGAUGUGGAGUCUCUAAAGCGGGAGCUGCAGGUGCUCUCGGAGCAGUAUUCCCAGAAGUGCCUGGAGAUCGGGAACCUCAUGGCAAAGGCAGAAGAGCAGGAGGAAAUACUGCAGCGCUGCCAACAGGAGGGAAAGGAGUUGCUGCGGCACAACCAGGAGUUGCAGAGGCGCUUGUCCGAGGAGAUUGGGCAAUUGCGGGCGUUCAUCACAGCUCAGAGCUCGCGCGAUAGUGCUUCACACAACAGUGAGAGGAACACUUGUGAGCUAGAGGUGCUGCUCCGAGUGAAAGAGAAUGAACUCCAGUACCUGAAAAAAGAGGUCCACUGUCUUAAGGAUGAGCUUCAAAUGAUGCACAAGGAUAAGAGGUUUGCCUCUGGGAAAUACCAGGAUGUUUAUGUGGAGCUGAACUACAUCAAGCGGCGGUCAGAGCGAGAGAUUGAGCAGCUGAAGGAGCAUCUGCGUCUGGCCAUGGCAGCCCUACAAGAGAAGGAGACGCUGCACAACAGCAUUGGUUAGCUGGCCUUGCACCCCUCACCUUGGAGGCUCGAUGCCGUUCACCGUGUUCCCUUCCAGGAAGCUGGACCAAGACUCCCGUCAGUGAAUACCCGUCACACGCACCUGCACAACUGAACGUGUUUGGGCUGGAUCCUACUAUUUGCACCUUCUUUGGGGAUUUUAUAUGUGAAAAUAUAUUUUAUAUCGUUUUGGGGGAGGGUGUUGCAUUUUAAAAAAUCUGUACUGUGUUUUUAACUAGCAGUUGACCAGAGAAGUGAGCCAGAUCCUUUGCCGCCUUGCAGUCAUAACUGAUCCCACUUGCAGUUUUCUCCAGACAACUCCACCCCACCCCAGUGGAUCGCGUUGAUCCGAGGGGGAUCAUGUUUUGAGAGGCACUGUGCUGGAGGAAGAUUGUACUGAUGGCUUUCUCUGAAGCACCCGCUUUGUCUGGAGACCAGGAGACUGUACAGAGUUUUGUGUUGCAUUGGGUUCUCCUUUUUGUUGCUGUUAAAAUUUUCGGGACUGGCUAUUUAUAUUAAUGUACUAGAAACACGGGCAGAUUUUCUAUGCCAGUGAGACUUCUGUGCAUCCCACUACAAAGCCAACUCCCCCCCCCAAUUGCAUUCCAGAAGUGCAUCUUCUAGCUGUGUUACUCCUUGGGUGGGGCGGGAGGGGACUUCACUGCUGAUGUCGCCAGAGCCAAACAAUGAAGGCGGCCGCUUCUCUCUGCACAGUUACUAUUGUAUAACUUAAUAAAAACC